CUUGAGAGGAAAUUCAGAUUAAUAUGGGACUUAGUUUGAAUUCUCUGUUGCUUAUUGAUGUUCUUGAGACUGUAAACUAUAAUUACCUUUUUAAAAAAAUUAAAAACUGUAAGUCCCACCAUUUAUGGGAGGGAAAUUCAAGUAUCCGAAUGUUUCAAAGAAUAAUAUGAAAUUGAUGCAUGUAAGGUGUUUGACAUAUUGCCUAAGUGAGAAAUUAGUUCAUCGGUGAAGUCUGAGUAACCGAGCAAUAUUAAGUGGUCGUUUGGUAGGAAAUUGGUACUUUUCUUGGUAUUAUUUCUUAUUAAUUAUUUGGUUUGUUGUAUUAAAAGUAACAUGCAUUGUAAAACAAAUUAAGUAAAAGUUGUUUGUUUACAAAAAUAACCUCCAUCUUAUUUAGCAGAAAAGGGAUUUGAGGGACCUCAGGGCUAUUUUUUGUCAUUUUCAUUAUUUUAUCCUGUGAUAACUAAUCCUGGAAUUGUUAUUCCACCCUCAGCCAGAGAUAGCUUAUUCCGGUACUAAUUUUAAUCUUGGGAUAACUUAUCCCAGGAUUAUUAACCAAACAAGGGAUAAGGCGGUAAUAAAUUUUUAUCCCAGGACUAUUUUUCCUUAUCCAUCAUACCAAACGACCCCUAAGAGUGUAAUUACGAGUAAGUGUGGGGGUACUUGGGGUCAGUUUUGGACUGUUUUUUCAGACUGUUUGAACUAAAUAUGCUCGCAGCUGAAUUAACACUUUUGAGUAUCGAAUUGUAGCUACGCUUGCGAGCAGUCAUCUGAUUGCCUAGCUAAGGCUAGUUUUGUACACUACAUUGGCUGUUUAACUGAGAUGUGGGAUCUGAUUUGUUUUCUGAAAAGGUUCCAAGAGUUCAAAUAUAAUAUGAUCUUAUGUGACUGCUAGAAUUUGAUUCCCAAACAUUGUAUGUGACUGCUAAGGGUCGUUUGGUGCUGGUUAAGAGCUAAGUUAUUCAUGUAUUAAAUCCUUCAUAAGUAAUACCAUGUUUGGUAGCAUUCUUUUGCUAUGUAUAAAAUUCAACACACUUAAUACGGUGUUUGAUUUGCAAUUUAGAAACCGGCAUAACUAAUACAUGUAUAAUUUAUGAGGGAAUCUAUGUAUUAUUUUAUGCAGGAUAGAAGAUAGAAUAACUAACACAUCAAUAACUAAACCCUGCAUAAAAUAAUACAUAAAUUCACUCAUAACUAGUCCUUGUAUUUCUAAUACCUGUAUUAACUCUAACCAGCUACCAAACGACCCCUAAUUGCAUAUGAAUCAUGAAUGUAUUUUGUGCCUAAUUAAAUUACUUCAAACUAUUUGAGGCACUUGUUAAUAUAAUUUGAACCAUGUGUGAGGUCUUAGAGCAAGUUUUGGUUAUGGCGCAUGAAAGACGCUUGUAUGUGAUCACUUAGGGGUCGUUUGGUAGAGUGUAUAAGAAUAGUACUGAAUAGGGUAUAUUAAUAAUGCUGGGAUUAGUUAUACUGAGAUUAUUCUUAUCCACUGUUUGAUUGGGUGUAUUAAGGGCAGUUCUGUCUUUCAUCAUGCUUAUCCAUGUAUUAAUAACCCUUUUAUUGCUAAUACCAUGGUUUGCUAUGUACAAGAAUAGUACUGAUAUUAGUUAUACAUAGGUUGAAAAGCACUACCAAACAAAGAAUUAAUAAUACCAAAACUAAUACAUGUAUUAGAUUCUAAUACAUCCUACCAAAUGAGUCCUUAGAGCAUAAUGCUGAAUACUAAUGCUAACUUGAAUCGCCUAUGUGUUAUGAACUAAGUAUGGGGUAAGCUAGGUUAACUAUAUGAACUUAGCUGUGAGUAAAUAUAUGUGCUGCUAAUUGGCAUGUGCAACUGAGUGGCUUCAUUUAAGUGCUAGGUAAUGCUGAUGCUCGAUUGCUGUGUCUCUUGCAAUGGCGUUUGUGACCUGAAUCUAAUGUGAGUGUUUUAAGGGAUGUCCUGAGAAUGAAAGUGCAUUCUAAAAGUUAAAAAUAGAGCUGCAAGAUUUCUGAGGAGAUGAAUACAAUGUAAUCUUUUAGGACUAAAAGGUUUAGUGUGUGUGAAUUCACUUCUGCAGCAUGGAGUGCCAAAUCUGAUAAACUUAGCAUCAUUUUAAUCUGACUGUCUGAUUUAUUCACUUUGUUUCAUACAUUGAGUUGAUCUUGUACUUUUACUUAAGUUUGAGGUACAGUUAUAGGUGUAGCUAUAGUGAUUUUGUUAGGAAAGAAUCUUAGACAGUUUCAACAAGUUCUAGAGUUGACUUAUAGUACUUCUCAUGUCAAAUCGGCUACAUAAUGCAAAGUCCUUUUAAAUAUUUUGAAUUGUUGAUUAUGUUGAUUUUAGUACUUCUCAUGUAAUUUUCAAAUACAUAUAUUGUGUUUAAAAAUCUUUAUUCGAAUUGACGCCAAAAAUUAAAAUAUUUCGACCUCGUACUCCAAAAUCUUCCGCAUAAAGUGGGAGUGUGGGAGAAUUUCACUAGCAACUACUGUCACUAUAAGCCCAAUAGCCACCAAAGGGAUAAAUGUCAUCACGCGCAAGUCAUGUGUUAUCCUUUUUCUUGAAUUCCAUUAGCUUCCUUGCUCGAUCCAGAUUGAACUUGUUCCAGCCCUCACUUACCGAGUAGUAAAUCUCAAAAUCUUCAAGGUGAUAAAAAACCCCCGAGCUAUUUCAUCUGUGUUCAAGUUUGAGUUCUCAAGAUUUGUUCUACUCUGAGUUCUCAAGAUUUGUUCUACUCUAGAAAAAGCUUCAAUCUUUGGUGAGGAAGAAGAGAAAGAGAGAGUAUUGGAUUGACAAUGGAUUCAGGUGAUGCAUCCAGAUAUUCAGCUGGGGUGGACGAUGAUUAUGAAUCUUUACUUUCAACGACUGAUGCGGAGCUCUUAAAACGGGCAUGGCGGAAUGAAAAGUCUGCUCCUGAAAUUCUUCAAUAUGAGACUGCUUUGGUUCAAAGAUCCAGAGAACAAAUUCAAUUGAUGGAAGAAACAGUAGAGGAUUUUUUCAAAAAUGGUGUUGAUCCACUCACUGUGUCUCUUUACCAAAUGGACCUCGACAGAACUCUCUUUCUAUUGAUAUCAUAUUUAAGAACCCGUCUCCAAAAGAUCGAAAAUUAUGCAUUUCACAUACAAAAAAUUACUGACUUAUGGAAUCGUCUAUCUAAACAAGAGCAGAAAUUUGCUGAAAGGUGUAUUGACGACAUGGAGCAACAUCUAGAUCAAUCUGUUCUCUCAAAGUUGCCUCAUGGCUUCAAGUCCCACUUGAAGCAAUCUUCACUAAGUUUGGGAGAUGACAUGGUUCCUGAGCCGCAGCUACAUCAAUAUGUUAUCUGCAGAAGCAAGAGAUUGUUAGGAUCCUUUCAGCUUGAUGACAGUGGGGAAGAACCAGUGAACAUCGAAGCCAAUGAUUUGUACGCUCUGCCUUAUAAGUCCAUAAAGCCACUCGUAGAGAGUGGGCAGAUUGAUCUGGUAUGAGAGUAUAGGUAACGGAACACUGCCCCUUUGUUUUCCGCUGAUAGGAAACCGAAGAAAAGCAUAGAUUUCUGAGUAUUUCGUUGAUUAGGAGGAUAUUAAAUUGUUUCAAUUGCGAUCAUAUCAUUACCACAACUGAUAGACAUAGAAAUUUGUUUGCUAAUGCCAACUACUUGAAUUGAAUAUGUUGGAACUUUGUACUGUCAUAAAUAUUACUGUACUCUUCAUUCU